AUGAAAAAAAAGGAGAAGGAAAGAAAAGAAGAAAGCCCAAGGACGUAUUUUUGUGAACGCCACUCAUUUCCUGUCAUGACAAUGUUGAAAACAGACGAUGAAGCAGCAGAUAAAGUGAAAGCUAUAGCACUAGUCGUAAGUAUUUUCUUCAUUUUAAGUGCUUUCGCCUCCCUCAUUUCUAAAACCUUGUAUAAACAUCAAAUUGUGGAUCAAUUUUUAAUGGCAGCACCCACUCACUCCUAUCCCUCACUUCUCAAGCUAUUAUUCUAA